ACCAGCACCGGACUCCGGACAGAUGAAAAUAUUACUCGUGUUGGGUUAAGUUAUUAAUAAGAUGUAGAUGAUCUUCCUCUUCGUGGAUUUGUUUCGAAUGUAACGAAUGUAAACCUGUAAAAGGUAACGAACAAGUUAAUCGAUGUAGUAUCGUACCGAGUCAAAUAAAUUCUCAAAACUCUAGUUUACCGUCCUUAUCUGCCUGCUGAUAAGAAAUACAGUUACCUCAAGUUGCCUUCACUUACCUACUACAAAAUGCCCGAAGUCGAGAAACCUGCUCACAGCAAACUCAACGAAUACGCUCAAAAGUACGGAACGAAUAAAAAAGCCCCAGAUUAUACCUUCACCGAUCGUAUGGAUCGUAACAAUCGUAAAGAAUUUAUAUGCAAGUGUAGAUUCGAAGGACGGACAACCGAAGGCGUUGGUUCGAGUAAAAACGAAGCUAAAAGAAACUCAGCGAAUCAUAUGCUCGUUCUUUUACACGAAAUUGACCCUUCGAAAUUCGCUGAAAAAGUUCGACUAGAAGAAGAAGAGAUUAGUAACACAUUAGAACAUUUCGAUCGUUUGAAAUUGGACAUGUAUCUGGAGAAACUUCUCGAAGACCGAGAGACUGAUUACAGCAGUUUUCGACGUUCCUUCGUGGGAGACUUGCCGGAGAACAGCGAAGAUUAUCAAAUCAAAGCCGAUGUGAACUCGCCUCAAUCGAAGACUCUAGAUAAACUGAAAAUAAGCGGAAUCGGUGUAGUCAAUUUGGGUAAUUCGUGUACCCUAUUCAAAGCUAUUGUCAACGAAAUGAAGCUUAGAUACUUCGCCGAAUUCCUCGAGACUGCCAAAAACGACCGGUAUGCAGUCGUGAUCAAAAUGAAUAUCAAUUUAUUCACCGCCGGAGGCGUAGGCGAAAGUCCCGAGCAAGCGAUACAAAACGCUUGCAAGAACGCGAUCGAAUUUCUACUUGUUUUAAACAUGUGAUAUGAUUAAUUUCUAAUUUGUUCUUUUUUUUACGUUUUUAUCUUAUUAUUAUACUUUCUACGUUCCAAAUUAUUUUUAUAAUAAAAAAUUGUUACGAGA